GGUGAGUGUGUGGUUGUGUGAGGACUUCUUCCUGUGUGUGUGUGAGUGUGUGUGUGCCUGCCUGUGUGUGUGCGUGCGUGCGUGUGUGCGUGCGUGGGUAGAGAGGCAGAGGGUGUGUGUGUGGGGAUAGGGUCCUCUGCAAGCCGGUGCUGUGGCCCCCUGCUCCCCCCCCAUCUUCAAAGCUGGCGAUGUCCAGGGUUCCGAGUCCGCCACCGCCGGCUGAGAUGUCCAGCGGCCCUGUGGCCGAAAGCUGGUGUUACACUCAGAUCAAAGUGGUGAAGUUCUCCUACAUGUGGACCAUCAACAACUUCAGCUUCUGUCGAGAGGAGAUGGGCGAGGUCAUCAAAAGCUCCACCUUUUCCUCAGGAGCCAAUGACAAACUGAAAUGGUGUUUGCGAGUGAACCCCAAAGGCCUGGACGAGGAGAGCAAAGACUAUCUGUCACUGUACCUGCUCCUGGUCAGCUGUCCCAAGAGUGAGGUCCGCGCCAAGUUCAAGUUCUCCAUCCUCAACGCCAAGGGAGAGGAGACCAAAGCCAUGGAGAGCCAGAGGGCUUACCGCUUCGUGCAGGGCAAGGACUGGGGCUUCAAGAAGUUUAUAAGGCGGGACUUCCUGCUGGACGAGGCCAACGGAUUGCUCCCAGAUGACAAGCUCACCCUGUUUUGUGAGGUGAGUGUGGUGCAGGACUCUGUGAACAUCUCGGGGCAGAACACCAUGAACAUGGUGAAGGUGCCGGACUGCAGGCUGGCGGACGAGCUAGGUGGCCUAUGGGAGCACUCGCGCUUCACUGACUGCUCGCUCUGCGUCGCCGGACAGGAGUUCCAGGCCCACAAGGCCAUCCUGGCAGCUCGCUCUCCUGUCUUCAGUGCGAUGUUUGAGCAUGAGAUGGAGGAGAGUAAAAAGAAUCGUGUAGAGAUUAACGACGUGGAACCCGAGGUGUUCAAGGAGAUGAUGUGUUUCAUCUACACGGGGAAGGCCCCAAACCUAGACAAGAUGGCUGACGACCUGCUCGCGGCUGCUGACAAGUAUGCUCUAGAGCGUCUGAAGGUGAUGUGUGAGGAUGCUCUGUGUACGAGCCUGUCGGUAGAGAACGCCGCUGAGAUCCUCAUACUGGCCGACCUGCACAGCGCCGACCAGCUCAAGACGCAGGCCGUCGACUUCAUCAACUACCAUGCAUCGGACGUGAUGGAGACCUCGGGUUGGAAGUCCAUGGUGGCGUCCCAUCCUCACCUGGUGGCCGAGGCCUACCGUUCCCUGGCUUCUGCCCAGUGCCCCUUCCUGGGCCCGCCCCGCAAGCGCCUCAAGCAGUCCUAGCUCCGCUGCCCCCACCCCUCCCUCGUCCUCCCCUGACGACCUCUACCCACCCACACCCCUCCUGUCCUUUACAGCCCCUCUCCUCGUCCUGCGAGCCCAGAGUUACCUGCUGAUUUAAAGGGCGAGAGUGGACGAUGCCCUGUUGAAGAUGCCACCAAAACUCGAGACCUAAAAGUUUAAAUCCCCACCUGGUAGAAGAACUUUCCUCCGUGUUGUCGGAAGGGAGUCCUGGAGGACGUCCAAGAGGCUUUUGCAGGAACUGAUGGGAGAGGAGAGUAGGGGAGGGGCCACUGCUGGAGUUGCCAAACUGGACGUCUCCCCCAGUCUCCGGCCGCCCUCAUCCCAACCCCACCUGCACUGUGCUGGUAUGGUGUGAGAGAGGGGGGCAGAAGGGUUUGGGGUGUCCCCAUGUCCAGUCUCCGGUCCAGAUACACUGAGCUCGACCUCAGCCCGGGUGAUGUUGCCUCCAUCCCACCCCCCCCCCCCCACCCCCCACGAAAGAUUGGAGAGGCCAAGUGCUCAUGGCUGGGCCCUGUAGGGAAAGACAGAGAGCAAAGUGAUGGCAUGGGGCUCGUCAGUGGACAUGGUGGCAGAGCUGCGCUCCUCUGCUGAGUUUUUAAUUCCCUCUGUCUUCAGCCCUGCCUUUUAAACAACAAAACGGUCUUCCGCUAGAUAAAUUGGUACAUGCGGAAUGAGACAAUUGAAUGAAUGAAUGAAUGAAUGAAUGAAUGAGUGACACAAAAGGACACUUUCUUGAGUGGCGUGAGGGAAUGGACUGAACCAAACACAAAGGCAAAGCCAAUACCCCAGCCCUGUGUUCCACUGCUCAUUCUGUGAAGGACCUUGACAAUUCCCUUAUCCUCAGACUCUUAAUGGAAGUCGUGCUGAAAAGCAGAUGAGCAGUGAGUUUCUAAGGAAAGCAGAGAAGAACGUUCCUGCUCCACAAGUCCUCCAUGCUCUGUCACCUGUGUCCCCAAAACUGACUAAAGCAGCCAAUCACAUUCCCCACCUUUGAGAGGCCCGCCUUCAACCCGGUGACCCUUAUUUCUGAUUGGACAGUUUCAUUGAGGAACCUGGAAGUUGACUGUUUGAGAACUUGACUCUCUCCCACUAUUGGACCCCUUCACCCCCACAUCUCAGUCAAGCAGCAGAGUGUAAAGAGACUGGAAAUGAAGGACAAUACAUGAAAUUCAACACAAAAAGAUGUACAUGGGAGAUUUUUCCCCCUUCUGUUGUUUUUUCUCCUUUUUUGUGAUUUCAUUUGAGAUUUAAUUUCUUCUUCCCAUAGCACUUGUGUAUUUAAAAAAAAAAACAACAAAAAAAAAAACAAUAAAAAACAACAGCUUUCUGUAUUU